UCUUUUGCCUUUCAAAGAUCACUAUAUUUUAACUAUGAUUCGGUUAUAUUUUCCUAAAUGGGCACUGAGUUUUACCCUCUUUGCCCAAGCUGUGAAUGCACCGAACACUUUUAUUGCUGCUGUAUAUGAGCAUGCUGUUAUAUUGCCAAACAAAACAAAAACACCUGUUUCGAUGGAAAAGGCUUUGUUCCUGAUGAACAAGAACAUAGACAUUUUGGAGAAAGCAAUAAAGCUGACAGCCAAGCAGGGCACACAUAUCUUUGUGACCGCGGAAGAUGGAAUCUAUGGUUGGAUAUUCACCAGGGAGACCAUUUACCCCUAUCUGGAGGAUAUACCAGACCCUGAAGUGAACUGGGCUCCCUGUAGAGACCCUAAGAGCUGCACUUGUGCACGCAACAGACUAAAUAAGCGCCCUGCCCCUGAGCUGGAGUACAAUCUUUUUGCCCCAGAGAUUCAGUUUGAUUUCCCCAAAGAUUCAGAGUUGGUGACUUUUGACACUCCGUUUGGGAGAUUUGGCAUCUUCACUUGCUUUGACAUUUCCUCUUACGACUCAGCUGUGGCGGUUGUGAAGGACUUUCAAGUUGAUAGCGUUGUCUACCCUAUGGCAUGGUACAACACUUUGCCCCUCCUUUAAGCUGUCCCAUUCCAUUCAGCAUGGGUCAGAGCCAUGGGAGUCAACCUGCUGGCAGCAAACACCCACAACACCAGAAUGCACAUGACAGGGAGUGCGAUCUAUAGCCCGGAAGCCGGCUGUCUGUACCACUAUGACAUGGAGACAGAGAGCGGCCUGCUGUUGUUACCAGAAUUGAAGUCUCGGCCCCGCCAGCCAGCUAGCUCCCCUGCAGAGGCUGACUGGGAUGCUUACACCAGAAGUAUCCAGCCAUUCUCAUCAGAGCAGGCCGACUUCCCAGGGAUGAUUUAUUUUGAUGAAUUUAGCUUCACGCAGCUUUUGGGAAGUACUGGAAAUUACACAGUUUGCCAGAAGGACCUGUGUUGUCUCCUGACAUACAAGACGUCAGAGAACCGAAUGGAUGAGGCCUAUGUCCUGGGUGUCUUUGAUGGACCGCACACAGUAGAAGGGCAAUAUUAUUUACAGAUAUGCACAUUGCUGAAGUGUUAAACCACCAACUUGAGAACUUGUGAGGAACCCGUGGGGUCAGCUUUUACCAAGUUUGAAGAAUUCUCUCUCAGUGGCACCUUUGGGACAAACUACGUUUUUCCUCAAAUGGUCCUAAGUGGGAGUCAGCUUGCCCCGGAAAGAUAUUAUGAAGUUACAAGAGAUGGACGUCUCAGGAGCCGAGGUGGAGCCCCCUUGCCUGUCCUGAUGAUGGCCCUAUAUGGAAGAGUGUUUGAGAAGGACCCUCCACGCUUAGGGCAGGUACCUGGGAAGAUACGAUGAACCUCUUCAUUGAGUACUGUCAGGAUUACCCGGGCAAAGAGAGGGAACAUAAAUAAAAGAGUGUUUAUGUAGUUUUUGACUAGAAGAUACAAUGGAAGCUGUUGAAAGGGCAAAUCAAAU